AUGGCCCUAAACCCCAAAUUCGCCGCCCAGCGCCUGCUCUUCGCACAACCGAGCAGCACCGUCGCCGGCGCGCCUCCCGCCUUGCACACGCUCGAGCUCUUCCUCGACUACGUAUGCCCCUUCUCCGCGAAGCAGUUCGCGACCUUCUACCACGGCGUGGUGCCGCUCAUCAAGGCGAACCCGAAGUGGGCUUCGGGCCUCGAGGUCCUCCUGCGCCAGCAGGUGCAGCCGUGGCACCCGGCGUCGACGCUCGCGCACGAGGCCGCGCUGGCGGUGCUGCGCGUCGCGCCCGCCAAGUACUGGGACUUCAGCGACGCGCUGUUCCGCGCGCAGCUCGAGUACUUCGACGAGGCGACGGUGAAUGAGAAGCGCAAUGAUACGUAUAAACGGCUUGCGAAGCUGGCGGGGUCUGUUGGUGUUGACGAGGCGAAGGUUUACGAGUUGCUGGUUAUUGCGGAUAAGGUGCCUGAGGGCGGGCAUCCGAACUUCGGGAAUAAGGUUACGAAUGAUUUGAAGUUGCAGAUCCGGUUUGGGAGGCUGGUGGGUGUGCAUGUGAGCCCGACGGUGAUUUUUGAUGGGAUUGUUGCGAAUGAUAUUAGUUCGUCGUGGACGAAGGAGCAGUGGCAGGAGUGGUUGACGAAAAGCGUUGUUUGA